AAUUGAUAAGCCACUAUGAGUGAUUACGAUGACGACUUCGAAGAGUACAAUGACACUAUUAAUGACCGUACUAGUAAAGGAAAGACUAAGAAAGCCCCAAAAGACAAUAAUGAUUCCAGUUAUGAAAAUACAUUUGCUAGAGACAAGACUUUAGGCAUUAAACCGAAGGAAUAUAAACCAACUCAUGUUAAGACAGUUCAGCCUCCAUCUACAAUAAAGAGGAAAUCUUCGAAAGGACUAGCUAAGCAAGGAGGGAUUUAUAGCUCCACUCCAAACCUAGGAAACGAUCGUAUGUCCGCAAAGAAGAGCCUUCUUGGAGAUACUCACAUCAGAACAUCAGGGAAGCUACAAAAUUUCGGACUGACUAAGAAAGCUCAACAGUCCAUCAAGCCAUCUAAAGGAGUGAUGAUCUCCCAACUUGAGAAGCUCAUGGAAGAUGCUAAAACACAAAUUGAAGGUUUUCAAAAGCAACAAGAAAAUGCAGAAAAUAGUAAUCUUGACGAAAGACUUGAACUCUCUUUGAAGGAGAAUAAAUAUCUUCAAGAUACAUUACUAGGCAUGAAUUCGACUGUGAACCAACUUUUUAGCAGCCAGUUGAACAAUAUUAAGAGGUAUCCUCAGACUGAACGGAUCAAGUCUCCUCCAAAAAGUGCACAGAUGAGGUAUAGAACCAAAGAAGUUGAGAAUGCUCAAAAAGCUCUUGACAACAUGAUGAUUGAAUAUGAAAAACUCUCCCGAAGAAUGGAGGUUGUCAAGGACCCUAAUUAUUUCUCAAAUCUACAUACUGAACUAGCGAAUAUCGACAAGCAGAUGAAGGAACUUGAAAAGGAGAAUAAAGAUCUCAAGCAAGAGCAAAAGAGAAGAGAGAAGGAGAUGGAAAAGAUGAUUGCUCAAGGUGCACCAGAUACCAUGUUCCAGAUCAACGAACUUCAGAAUAAAGUCACUAUUACUAAGGACCAACUCAAAGAGGAGCAGAAGCAAAGCGCAGAGAUUGAUGCUCUCAUUCAAUCUGUAGAGGAAAAAGAGAAAGAUCUUAAGGAGAAAGAGGAAAAACUUAGAGCUGAAGGUGCCUCUUUGGGUAUCAAUUUCGAUACAACUGUUGAUGAGACUAAGAAACAAAUUAAUAAUGAUCUUCAAAACAAAAGAGACACCUAUCAAAAGCACUUAGGCAUUGCAGAGAAUGCUACUAAAGUCAUGAAAAAGAAGCUCAAGACUAUGUCUAAAGUCAACAAGACUAAGCUCAAAGAGCUCGAGAAGCAGAAAGAAGACUACGAAAGAGAACUUGAGCUCAAAACACAACAGGUUAAGGAAAAGAAUGAAGAAAUCGCUGAGCUUAUGACGAAAAACAAGGAUCUCCAAAAAGUCAGAAAGAAAGACUCAAACCAAUAUUUAGUCCAUGAGAAGAACCAGAAUGGGUAUGAUGCUGUUGAGAAAGCUAUUCAAAAUCAGAAUGAAAAGGAAACUGCAGCUGCCAUUCUCAUCCAGAAAUGGGUCAGAAUUAUGCUAGCUAGGCUCUAUGUGAGAAAGCUAAGAAUAGCACAGGAUAGGAGAGAAGCGGAAAGAGAACUCGAGGAGGAAUAUGACAGUCAAGGAGAAUCGAUUAUUCAGAAGAAACAAAAUACUCCUAAGAGGUUAAAUCAGCGCAAAGAUGCCCCAGUUAUUAUAACUAAAAAGGAGUCAUUUGAAAAGCCCAUACUGCUAGAUACCCCAAUAAACCCUCCAAACAAAGACACCAAGAGGGAAAACCUCAAAAAGGUGAUAUCAAAGCCUCAGCUUGGUAAGAAAAAGAUCACUAGCAAGCCUUUCUAGAAUAUCAUUCAACAUUUCUACACCUAA